GCGAGGGCCGCCGGGAGGCUGACGUGUCGGCGGGCGGCGGUGGCGGUGGCGGCUGCAGUAUGUCGAAGGUCACCUUUAAAGUCACGCUCACCUCCGACCCGCGGCUGCCCUACAAAGUGCUAAGCGUGCCCGAAAGUACACCUUUCACAGCUGUCUUGAAGUUUGCUGCUGAGGAAUUCAAAGUUCCUGCAGCAACAAGUGCCAUUAUCACAAACGAUGGAAUAGGAAUAAACCCUGCACAGACAGCAGGAAAUGUAUUUCUAAAGCACGGUUCAGAUCUACGGAUUAUUCCCAGAGAUCGAGUUGGAAGCUCUUAAUGUCUACUGAAAUCUUCUGGAAUAAGUGACAUUGGCAUGUAGCUAAGGUCUAUUUAUUUUGGGACUCUGCAUUGUGACUAAAGAAUUGGCCUUUUCAAAGCUACCCUAUAUGACUUGCCGAGAUCCAAUCUUUUUUUGUCACACAGAUAAAGUCUCAUUUUCUUGUUAAAGCAUAAUAAAUAAUGCACUGGUUAUUUCUUUACUGAUAUUUUUCAAUGGGGUGAUCCUAUUGAAAAAAAGAUGGAUGUCUCUAAAGAUGUUUAUUACUGAAAAUGCAAGAGUAAACUCAACCACAAUAAGUAAUUAUUUAAAAUAUUACAUAUUGUCAAACUGAGUUUGUGG